AUGCAAGCUAACGAAGUUCCAUAUGGAUUUGAUCUCGGAUCCAGAAAGCUGAACUUUAGGCCCUUUAAACCACAACCGUACGUGUACUUAUUGGAGAAUCAAGUUUUCUGCUGCACUUGUACGAGUAGAUCCGACCCAACACUACGAACGAGUGAAGUUCUGCCAGGAUCUGCUGGACUGGUACUAAGGAAAAUAAAGUACCAAGCUAAAACGACACGCCCAUGCAUCAGCUCGAAGUCAAAAGCAAAAAUGCCAUGUAUCGUUCCA